GCUCGCGUCACUCGCGUUGCUUGCUCGCGUUGACUAUGUAACGGCCCUAAAACUCUAGAUGCGUCAUUUAGAGUAAAUGACGGAGAUAGUUUCUAUGUGUUAUAUGCAAGCACUGAAAGCUUACGGUGUUUUGAGUGUGGCGAUAUUGGCCACAAAAGAUUCUCGUGUCCGCAUAAAAAUUGACCAAAUGAGACUCGGGUAAGAGAAGAACAAGAUGUGGAAAAUGAAGCUACAAUGGAGAGUCAGGUUGACCAAAAUCGGGAACCAGUGAAAGUUUCAGAGGGCCAAGGUGUGGAUAAAGGUGAAGAAAAUGAGAUGAUCUGACAGUGAAAGAGCGAGUGCUGAUGUAUGGUGGAGUUGGACUGGCUAUUCUGAUGUUUUUCUUGACUACAGUCGCCGCAGGUGUUGUCAACCAGCGACCUUCUGAUUACCAGUUGAGAUACAUUACUCUGCUGUUGUGCCUUGGCACAUGUUUGAGCCCACCACCGCAGAUCAAUUGUAAUUGUGUUCUGCCUUGUGAUGCGUCUCCAUUGGGACCCCAUGAGGACGUUUAUAUUAAAGUGACCCAUCAGUCAAAAGUCAUUUUCAGUAACACAUUUUCUAAGUCAAAUUUGGUCGAAGGAGGAAGCUGCUCUGUGACCCUGCCCGAUUGCUCAGUGAGAGGAAAAAACGUCUUAUUACAGAUUUAUCCUGUUAAUCAGCCUGAAAAUGUGCUCCAGCCACUUUUCAGCAAAACAAACAUAAAUCCAAUCUGUGAAGAACAAGAGAGACGUGCGUUAACCAAUGGAGGUGGAGCUAAGAGGAGUCUCUCCAUUACACUUCUCAUCCUGAUGGGACUUUGCUUGUGCUUGUUCUUCAAAUAUGGGGUACCAAGAUGAUAGUGUGCAUAGACACAGCUGUUCUGGAGCCAUGCAAAUGGUGUUUUCUGUUGUAACUUAUUUGUGAUUAAUCAAAGUCACUUUAAAUGAUGGCAGGUGUGUAAUGAUAAUGACUUCUAUUUAACAUGCGUUUGAAUGUGAUUGGUUAAUUCUGAACACGGCCACAUCCCCAGUUAUAAGAGGGUGUGCACACUUAUGCAACCAGUUUAUUGUAAGGUAUUUCGUUUUCAUUUUUCCCCCACGAAGAUUUCAGUUUGUUUUUCAAUUGAAUUGUUCACAUUAUUGGUCACAUUAAAGGUGGAAAAAUUUCUGACA